AAGAAAGUGGUGGACAUCGCAGUCGGCUCCACCCACUGUCUGGCUCUGACUGAUGAAGGAGAGGUCCACAGCUGGGGCAGUAACGACAAGCUGCAGCACUUUGAUACUCUGUUCUCUAACAAGAAGCAGCCCAAGGCGCUGCCUGGCCUCAACUCCAAACACAUAGUGGGCAUCUCCUGUGGGCCAGGCCAGGUAAGACUAACAGAAUAAUGUAAGGUUUAGGUAUAAGGCGUAUAGAAACUACAAAGGAUAACCUUUGCUAUAAAGCAGGGAUGGACAGCUUUGAUGGGGGUGGGGCAACAAAACAUCUGAAACAAUCAUGAGGGACCGCAGUGGGUCCGGGUCAGAGCCGGUCCUAGCCUUUUGGGGGCAUGUCAUGCCAAAAAGUGUCCCCCCCCUGCCAAAAAGUGUCCCCCCCCCCAUGCGUCACAAUUGGAUUCGAGAAGCUAUUAGCGUCCGUUGCUAUAUCAAUGUGUGACGAUCUAAUGCGUCGAAUUCUGGAGAUCAUUACAGCCAAAAUGACAUUAUUUUCAUCCCUGCUAUGUAAACGAAGCUUCUUUCUGCGACAAUUUCGCUGAUUAAGGUGAAAACAUUACUUUGAACUACUUUUGGGUACCUUUAACAUUUCAACAACAUAAAAAAUUAUGUCUUAAACUGUUCUUAGUUUUCUAAAUAGCAAAGAAAAUGCGUAAACUGCACAUGAGCUUACCUUUCAGAUUGCAAAGUGAGCUCCCAUGAAGCUAAUAACACUUAAUUAAUGUGCAAAUCAGUUCCUGUCAUACACUGGCUCCUCUGGCUGCCAUAUAGUUAUUUUGAGCUUGUCUUGACUUAAUAUGCUGUUGGUCCUAUUCUGAUUCUUUCCCCCGAGUUCCUCGUGUAAUUGGCUCAGGAAUACAGCAGUAUACUCGUGGUUGAAUAUAGUGCAGGACACAACACUGUUGAAUAAUGUUGAACUCACAAAAAGGGAUUUACAACAAUUAAUUAAAUGAACACCCUGUGGGAAAAAAUACAACCUGGCAAAGAUUAAAACAUGAAAAAGUUGUUUUUUUGUGGAACAGGUGUGUCAUGAACUUGUUGAUUAUAUUUAAUAUACCCACAUGUCAGUUAUAGACUGAAAUACAUGAGUAUAGGCUAACAUCAACACAUCAACAAUAAAAUACAAUUUAGUUGAGAAAACAGAAGUAUGAAUGAUAAGUAAAGUACAUAAUAUGAGAGAGGGGGGCAGUCUUGGCAGAAGUAGGGUAUGGGUGAUGUUUUUAAAAUCUCAGCUCUGGCUGUGGGAUAGAGAAGAGGUGGGUUCUACAGGGGUUCUGCCACAGGCAGCCUGAGGUGGGUUCUACAGGGGGUUCUGCCACAGGCAGCCAGAGGUGGGUUCUACAGGGGGUUCUGCCACAGGCAGCCAGAGGUGGGUUCUACAGGGGGUUCUGCCACAGGCAGCCAGAGGUGUGUUCUACAGGGGGUUCUGCCACAGGCAGCCAGAGGUGGGUUCUACAGGGGGUUCUGCCACAGGCAUCCAGAGGUGGGUUCUACAGGGGGCUCUGCCAGUCACCUCCCCUCCGCAGGCAGCCAGAGGUGGGUUCUACAGGGGGUUCUGCCACAGGCAGCCAGAGGUGGGUUCUACAGGGGGUUCUGCCAGUCACCUCCCCUCCGCAGGCAGCCAGAGGUGGGUUCUACAGGGGGUUCUGCCACAGGCAGCCAGAGGUGGGUUCUACAGGGGGUUCUGCCACAGGCAGCCAGAGGUGGGUUCUACAGGGGGUUCUGCCACAGGCAGCCAGAGGUGGGUUCUACAGGGGGUUCUGCCAGUCACGUCCCCUCCGCAGGCAGCCAGAGGUGGGUUCUACAGGGGGUUCUGCCACAGGCAGCCAGAGGUGGGUUCUACAGGGGGUUCUGCCACAGGCAGCCAGAGGCGGGUUCUACAGGGGGUUCUGCCAGUCACGUCCCCUCCGCAGGCAGCCAGAGGUGGGUUCUACAGGGGGUUCUGCCACAGGCAGCCAGAGGUGGGUUCUACAGGGGGUUCUGCCAGUCACCUCCCCUCCGCAGGCAGCCAGAGGUGGGUUCUACAGGGGGUUCUGCCACAGGCAGCCAGAGGUGGGUUCUACAGGGGGUUCUGCCACAGGCAGCCAGAGGUGGGUUCUACAGGGGGUUCUGCCAGUCACGUCCCCUCCGCAGGCAGCCAGAGGUGGGUUCUACAGGGGGUUCUGCCACAGGCAGCCAGAGGUGGGUUCUACAGGGGGUUCUGCCAGUCACGUCCCCUCCGCAGGCAGCCAGUCUCAGAAGGUGGACUUGAAAAGGGAGACUGUAAAGCUGUUCUCGUUGCUCUUGGAGUGUUGGCAGUGCUAGUGUAUGUAGCGCAUCUGUGUAUCUCACUGUGCCCAGGAUGAUAUGUCAAGCACAGGUCCUUAGCAGAUUAGAUCAAACCCCUUGACAUUAACCUCAGCUGGAGAUAAUGAAAUGAAAAGUGGGAUCUUGGAGGGUGGUUGAUCGUGGAGGACAUCAGGUUGGUCCAGGUCUGGGGAAGGGAUACGGUAGGAGUCUCAGAGCAUGACAGAACCCCUAGAGGACAUCAGGUGGAUCCUGGAGAACAGGAGCAGAGUCUAAGGGAAAGGAUACAGGUAGAUCAGGAGAAAACACACAGGUUACAAGGGAAAGGAUACAGGUAGAUCAGGAGAAAACACUCAGGUUACAGGUAGAUCAGGAGAAAACACACAGGUCACAGGUAGAUCAGGAGAAAACACACAGGUUACAGGUAGAUCAGGAGAAAACACACAGGUUACAGGUAGAUCAGGAGAAAACACACAGGUUACAGGUAGAUCAGGAGAAAACACACAGGUUACAGGUAGAUCAGGAGAAAACACACAGGUUACAGGUAGAUCAGGAGAAAACACACAGGUUACAGGUAGAUCCAGGCCAGGUUGAAUUGUCCCCAUAUUGCUUACGCCUACCCAAUCCACUCAGGUCUAGGGUGUAAGGGCUAGGGGUUGAUUUGGAAUUCAGGGAUAAGCUCUUCCUUUUUUGGGUGUAUUUUACCCCCUUUUUCUCCCCAAUUUCGAGGUAUCCAAUUUGAAGUUAGUCUUGUCCUAUCGCUGCAACUCCCGUACGGACACGGGAGAGGCGAAGGUCGAGAGUCGUGCGUCCUCCGAAACACAACCCAACCGAGCUGCACAGCUUCUUGACACAGUGCCCGCUUAACCUGGAAGCACCCGGAAGCCAGCCAUACCAAUGUCUUAACCCGGAAGCCAGCCGUACCAAUGGCUUAACCCGGAAGCCAGCCGUACCAAUGUCUUAACCCGGAAGCCAGCCGUACCAAUGUCUUAACCCGGAAGCCAGCCGUACCAAUGUCUUAACCCGGAAGCCAGCCGUACCAAUGUCUUAACCCGGAAGCCAGCCGUACCAAUGUGCCGGAGUCAGCGUGCGCCCAGCCCGCCACAGGAGUCGCUAGUGUGCGAUGGGACAAGAACAUUCCCGCCGCCCCAUGGGUCUCCCUGUCGCGGCCGGCUGCGACAGAGCCUGGACUCGAACCAGGAUCUCUAGUGGCACAGCUAGCACUGCGAUGUAGUGUGGGGGGGGGUACCUGUAUCAGACAGGGGGAGACAGGGGGAGACAGGGGGAGACGGGCCGGGGGAGACAGGGGGAGACGGGCCAGAGCAGACAGGGGGAGACAGGGGGAGACAGGCCAGGGCAGACAGGGGGAGACGGGCCGGGGGAGACAGGGGGAGACGGGCCAGAGCAGACAGGGGGAGACAGGGGGAGACAGGCCAGGGCAGACAGGGGGAGACGGGCCAGGGCAGACAGGGGGAGACGGGCCAGGGCAGACAGGGGGAGACGGGCCAGGGCAGACAGGGGGAGACGGGCCAGGGCAGACAGGGGGAGACGGGCCAGGGCAGACAGGGGGAGACAGGGGGAGACGGGCCAGGGCAGACAGGGGGAGACAGGCCAGGGCAGACGGGGGAGACGGGCAGGUGUAGACAGGCCAGGGCAGACGGGGGAGACAGGGGGAGACGGGCCAGGGCAGACAGGGGGAGACAGGCCAGGGCAGACGGGGGAGACGGGCAGGGGGAGACAGGCCAGGGCAGACGGGGGAGACAGGGGGAGACGGGCCAGGGCAGACAGGGGGAGACAGGGGGAGACGGGCCAGGGCAGACAGGGGGAGACAGGGGGAGACGGGCCGGGGCAGACAGGGGGAGACAGGCCAGGGCAGACGGGGGAGACAGGGGGAGACGGGCCAGGGCAGACAGGGGGAGACAGGGGGAGACGGGCCGGGGCAGACGGGGAGACAGGCCAGGGCAGACGGGGAACAGAUCGCCAGGUGGAAUCCAAGCAGCAGUGCAGCAGGCAACAGGAAUAGGUGUCACACCCGCUUGGGAGAAGCUUUUUAUCGGGAGGCAGAUUCCUUGUAGAAAAUCCCAGCUAGCUAGCUAACGUAGCCGCUCGGUGAUGCAAACAACGCAUUUCAUCCAGAACCGUCCACUGACCACGAAUACACCCUCAGACGGGGUAAAACAGGCGCAGACACAGGAUACACCCUCAGACGGGGUAAAACAGGCGCAGACACAGGAUACACCCUCAGACGUGGGUAAAACAGGCGCAGACACAGGAUACACCCUCAGACGGGGUAAAACAGGCGCAGACACAGGAUACACCCUCAGACGGGGUAAAACAGGCGCAGACACAGGUCGGUAAAUAAGUCACACGGUGGGUUUAUAUGAAAGGUUGCCUCUCUCGAGCUGUUUUCACGCUAGGUGCAACGCAUCAUCCCUUUGGUAAACGCGUAAACGCGGUUUUGUUUGGUUAUUACUGCAGUGGGAUUGUAACGUGCGGCCCGGGCCGUCGUAUUCAUUUAUUAGUGGAUGACGAGUUGCAGUCAUACGAGUCAUUUUGGUUAUAAGUUACCUCUUAUUCUGUGUAUUAUAUUCAUUUACAGGACUAUAGCACGUUAGUGGGCCUUUACAGGACUAUAGCACGUUAGUGGGCCUUUACAGGACUAUAGCACGUUAGUGGGCCUUUACAGGACUAUAGCACGUUAGUGGGCCUUUACAGGACUAUAGCACGUUAGUGGGCCUUUUCAGGACUAUAGCACGUUAGUGGGCCUUUCAGGACUAUAGCACGUUAUGUGGGCCUUUUACAGGACUAUAGCACGUUAGUGGGGGGCCUUUUCAGGACUAUAGCACGUUAGUUGGGCCUUUUCAGGACUAUAGCACGUUAGUGGGCCUUUACCAGGACUAUAGCACGUUAGUGGGGCCUUUACAGGACUAUAGCACGUUAGUGGGCCUUUACAGGACUAUAGCACGUUAGUGGGCCUUUUCAGGACUAUAGCACGUUAGUGGGCCUUUUCAGGACUAUAGCACGUUAGUGGGCCUUUACAGGACUAUAGCACGUUAGUGGGCCUUUACAGGACUAUAGCACGUUAGUGGGCCUUUACAGGACUAUAGCACGUUAGUGGGCCUUUUCAGGACUAUAGCACGUAGUGGGCCUUUAACAGGACUAUAGCACGUUAGUGGGCCUUUUCAGGACUUAUAGCACGUUAAUGGGCCUUUACAGGACUAUAGCCGUUAGUGGGCCUUUACAGGACUAUAGCACGUUUAGAUGGGCCUUUACAGGACUAUAGCACGUUAGUGGGCCUUUAACAGGACUAUAGCACGUUAGUGGGCCUUUUCAGGACUAUAGCACGUUAGUGGGCCUUUACAGGACUAUAGCACGUUAGUGGGCCUUUUCAGGACUAUAGCACGUUAGUGGGCCUUUUACAGACUAUAGCACGUUAGUGGGCCUUUUCAGGACUAUAGCACGUUAGUGGGGCCUUUACAGGACUAUAGCACGUUAGUGGGCCUUUACAGGACUAUAGCACGUUAGUGGGCCUUUCAGGACUAUAGCACGUUAGUGGGGCCUUUACAGGACUAUAGCACGUUAGUGGGCCUUUUCUGGACUAUAGCACGUUAGUGGGCCUUUACAGGACUAUAGCACGUUAGUGGGCCUUUACAGGACUAUAGCACGUUAGUGGGGCCUUUUCAGGACUAUAGCACGUUAGUGGGCCUUUUCAGGACUAUAGCACGUUAGUGGGCCUUUUCAGGACUAUAGCACGUUAGUGGGCCUUUUCAGGACUAUAGCACGUUAGUGGGCCUUUACAGGACUAUAGCACGUUAGUGGGCCUUUACAGGACUAUAGCACGUUAGUGGGCCUUUUCAGGACUAUAGCACGUUAGUGGGCCUUUUCAGGACUAUAGCACGUUAGUGGGCCUUUACAGGACUAUAGCACGUUAGUGGGCCUUUACAGGACUAUAGCACGUUAGUGGGCCUUUACAGGACUAUAGCACGUUAGUGGGCCUUUUCAGGACUAUAGCACGUUAGUGGGCCUUUACAGGACUAUAGCACGUUAGUGGGCCUUUACAGGACUAUAGCACGUUAGUGGGCCUUUUCAGGACUAUAGCACGUUAGUGGGCCUUUUCAGGACUAUAGCACGUUAGUGGGCCUUUUCAGGACUAUAGCACGUUAGUGGGCCUUUACAGGACUAUAGCACGUUAGUGGGCCUUUACAGGACUAUGGCACGUUAGUGGGCCUUUACAGGACUAUAGCACGUUAGUGGGCCUUUACAGGACUAUAGCACGUUAGUGGGCCUUUACAGGACUAUAGCACGUUAGUGGGCCUUUCAGGACUAUAGCACGUUAGUGGGCCUUUUCAGGACUAUAGCACGUUAGUGGGCCUUUACAGGACUAUAGCACGUUAGUGGGCCUUUACAGGACUAUAGCACGUUAGUGGGCCUUUACAGGACUAUAGCACGUUAGUGGGCCUUUUCAGACUAUAGCACGUUAGUGGGCCUUUUCAGGACUAUAGCACGUUAGUGGGCCUUUUCAGGACUAUAGCACGUUAGUGGGCCUUUCAGGACAUAGCACGUUAGUGGGCCUUUACAGGACUAUAGCACGUUAGUGGGCCUUUCAGGACUAUAGCACGUUAGUGGGCCUUUACAGGACUAUAGCACGUUAGUGGGCCUUUACAGGACUAUAGCACGUUAGUGGGCCUUUACAGGACUAUAGCACGUUAGUGGGCCUUUACAGGACUAUAGCACGUUAGUGGGCCUUUCAGGACUAUAGCACGUUAGUGGGCCUUUCAGGACUAUAGCACGUUAGUGGGCCUUUACAGGACUAUAGCACGUUAGUGGGCCUUUCAGGACUAUAGCACGUUAGUGGGCCUUUCAGGACUAUAGCACGUUAGUGGGCCUUUUCAGGACUAUAGCACGUUAGUGGGCCUUUUCAGGACUAUAGCACGUUAGUGGGCCUUUCAGGACUAUAGCACGUUAGUGGGCCUUUUCAGGACUAUAGCACGUUAGUGGGCCUUUACAGGACUAUAGCACGUUAGUGGGCCUUUACAGGACUAUAGCACGUUAGUGGGCCUUUACAGGACUAUAGCACGUUAGUGGGCCUUUUCAGGACUAUAGCACGUUAGUGGGCCUUUUCAGGACUAUAGCACGUUAGUGGGCCUUUACAGGACUAUAGCACGUUAGUGGGCCUUUACAGGACUAUAGCACGUUAGUGGGCCUUUACAGGACUAUGCACGUUAGUGGCCUUUACAGGACUAUAGCACGUUAGUGGGCCUUUCAGGACUAUAGCACGUUAGUGGGCCUUUUCAGGACUAUAGCACGUUAGUGGGCCUUUCAGGACUAUAGCACGUUAGUGGGCCUUUACAGGACUAUAGCACGUUAGUGGGCCUUUACAGGACUAUAGCACGUUAGUGGGCCUUUACAGGACUAUAGCACGUUAGUGGGCCUUUUACAGGACUAUAGCACUUAGUGGGCCUUUCAGGACUAUAGCACGUUAGUGGGCCUUUUCAGGACUAUAGCACGUUAGUGGGCCUUUACAGGACUAUAGCACGUUAGUGGGCCUUUACAGGACUAUAGCACGUUAGUGGGCCUUUACAGGACUAUAGCACGUUAGUGGGCCUUUUCAGGACUAUAGCACGUUAGUGGGGCCUUUUCAGGACUAUAGCACGUUAGUGGGCCUUUACAGGACUAUAGCACGUUAGUGGGCCUUUACAGGACUAUAGCACGUUAGUGGGCCUUUACAGGACUAUAGCACGUUAGUGGGCCUUUACCAGGACUAUAGCACGUUAGUGGGCCUUUACAGGACUAUAGCACGUUAGUGGGCCUUACAGGACUAUAGCACGUUAGUGGGCCUUUACAGGACUAUAGCACGUUAGUGGGCCUUUACAGGACUAUAGACGUUAGUGGGCCUUUACAGGACUAUAGCCCGUUAAGUGGGCCUUUACAGGACUAUAGCACGUUAGUGGGCCUUUUCAGGACUAUAGCACGUUAGUGGGCCUUUACAGGACUAUAGCACGUUAGUGGGCCUUUUCAGGACUAUAGCACGUUAGUGGGCCUUUACAGGAACUAUGGCACGUUAGUGGGGCCUUUACAUGGACCUAUAGAGCACGUUAGUGGGCCUUUACAGGACUAUAGCACGUUAGUGGGCCUUUUUCAGGACUAUAGCACGUUAGUGGGCCUUUUCAGGACUAUAGCACGUUAGUGGGCCUUACAGGACUAUAGCACGUUAGUGGGCCUUUACAGGACUAUAGCACGUUAGUGGGCCUUUACAGGACUAUAGCACGUUAGUGGGCCUUUUCAGGACUAUAGCACGUUAGUGGGCCUUUUCAGGACUAUAGCACGUUAGUGGGCCUUUACAGGACUAUAGCACGUUAGUGGGCCUUUACAGGACUAUAGCACGUUAGUGGGCCUUUACAGGACUAUAGCACGUUAGUGGGCCUUUACAGGACUAUAGCACGUUAGUGGGCCUUUUCAGGACUAUAGCACGUUAGUGGGCCUUUUCAGGACUAUAGCACGUUAGUGGGCCUUUACAGGACUAUAGCACGUUAGUGGGCCUUUUCAGGACUAUAGCACGUUAGUGGGCCUUUUCAGGACUAUAGCACGUUAGUGGGCCUUUUCAGGACUAUAGCACGUUAGUGGGCCUUUUCAGGACUAUAGCACGUUAGUGGGCCUUUACAGGACUAUAGCACGUUAGUGGGCCUUUUCAGAGAAUGAGUAAUUAUUAGUUGGUCAAGAUGGUGCCGGAGAGUUCCAUUGGAACCCUUUCCUAGGUCCUGAUAGGAAUUAGUUAUAUUCCAUCCAUUCAGUCAUUCGUAAUACCCUAGUCAUUAAUGUGCUACUACUGCCACCUAGUGGUGCUCUUUAUGUAGUGUUGUGGUGUCUCUCUAGUUGUGAUGUGUGUUUUGUACUAUAUUUUUUAAUCCCAGCCCCCGUCCCAACAGGAGGCCUUUUGGUAGGCCGUCAUUGUAAAUAAGAAUGUGUUCUUAACUGACUUGCCUCGUUAAAUAAAGGUUAAAUAAAGAUAAAAAGUAGUUUGACAGAGGUCCACACCACGGCAGCCUGGUAUGGAACAAGAAAAACCAAGGAUAAACUACUCAUCAUGAAGUAAUUCAGCAAGAAAUCAAUUGAUUUACAUUCGUACAUUUUUUAUUUUUUAUUUAUUUUUAUUUCACCUUUAUUUAACCAGGUAAGCCAGUUGAGAACAAGUUCUCAUUUACAACUGCGACCUGGCCAAGAUAAAGCAAAGCAGUGCGAUAAAAACAACAACACAGAGUUACACAUGGGGUAAAACAAAACGUACAGUCAAAAACACUAUAGAAAAUCUAUAUACAGUGUGUGCAAAUGUAGUAAGUUAUGGAGGUAAGGCAAUAAAUAGGCCAUAGUUCAAAAUAAUUACAAUUUAGUAUUAACACUGGAAUGAUAGAUGUACAAGAGAUGAUGUGCAAAUAGAGAUACUGGGGUGCAAAUGAGCAAAAUAAAUAACAAUAUGGGGAUGAGGUAGUUGGGUGGGCUAAUUUAAGAUGGGCUGUGUACAGGUGCAGUGAUCGGUAAGCUGCUCUGACAACUGAUGCUUAAAGUUAGUGAGGGAGAUAAGAGUCUCCAGCUUCAGAGAUUUUUGCAGUUCGUUCCAGUCAUUGGCAGCAGAGAACUGGAAGGAAUGGUGGCCAAAGGAGGUGUUGGCUUUGGGGAUGACCAGUGAGAUAUACCUGCUGGAGCGCAUACUACGGGUGGGUGUUGCUAUGGUGACCAAUGAGCUAAGAUAAGGGAUUUAUAGAUGACCUGGAGCCAGUGGGUUUGGCGACGAAUAUGUAGUGAGGACCAGCCAACGAGAGCGUACAGGUCACAGUGGUGGGUAGUACAUUGGUAUUCAAUAGGUACUGUUAUUGCUAAAAUAACCUCACUGCAACAGUGUUUCCAGAGAUCUACUAAUACAGGUCCUUCCCCUUAUGCAUUUCCCAUACGCCUGAAUAGGCCUCUAGUCUGAAACCAGCCUCUCUAAUGGUAGACCCAGGUACAAUCUGAUCACUCAUGAUGACCAGAAGAUUAAUUCAUGGAGUUCACCUUUUCCCCAUAGCAUUUUACAGCUGAUAUAGCACUUGUCAUAACACUUGUCGUAGGCUACUUACGAUAAUAGAUAGCUAUUUAAAUCAUCUUAAUUUCUACAAACACAAAUAAUACAAUACAAAACAAAGCUCAGCAUAGCUAGCUAGCUAAAUAAAGAGAUUUGGAAAAAUUGUCUUACCUCAGUGUUUGCAUCCAUCGUUUGAGUAUCCAUGCUUGCUUGCUUGCAGCAUGCUCAUGCUAGCAAAAUCAAGGAUUGCAAUCAAGUUUUGCAAGCAAACAUCAAUGACCAUGCAUGGAUCAUGUUUUGUACUUUAUCCACCAAUAAUCAGUGAGAUUUAACGCUAAAAUAUAUCUUAAAUAGCAUAAAGAACCUGUAACAAUGAUCGCACUUUCCUUGCUAACGGCCCUAGCAACAGACACUAAUAGCUUCUCGAAUCCCAUUGUGACGCAGGGGGGGGACGACACUUUUUGACAGGGGGACACUAUUUGGCAUGACAGGCCCGAAGGCACAUUUUUGUUGCCCCCCCCCCCCCAGCUUGCGAGCAAAACGUUUUGCCUGGUCUUUAUACACAGUGGUCAGUGGGGCAGCGCGUGGUCGUCUAGUAUCUGUCCAGUGAUGUCUAAUACAGUCCUAAAAUGGCCAUAAUAUAGUCCUAAGUCAGUUGUACAACUGAAUGCAUUCAACUGAAAUCCUAAUAUAGUCCUUAUGGGUGACAACUGUCUUAUGUCUAAUUGUCCUGUUCAGAGCGUUCUGUGGGGCAGCGCGUGGUCCUCCUGUUCAGAGCGUUCUGUGGGGCAGCGCGUGGUCCUCCUGUUCAGAGCGUUCUGUGGGGCAGCGCGUGGUCCUCCUGUUCAGAGCGUUCUGUGGGGCAGCGCGUGGUCCUCCUGGUCAGAGCGUUCUGUGGGGCAGCGCGUGGUCCUCCUGUUCAGAGCGUUCUGUGGGGCAGCGCGUGGUCCUCCUGUUCAGAGCGUUCUGUGGGGCAGCGCGUGGUCCUCCUGUUCAGAGUGUUCUGUGGGGCAGCGCGUGGUCGUCCUGUUCAGAGCGUUCUGUGGGGCAGCGCGUGGUCGUCCUGUUCAGAGCGUUCUGUGGGGCAGCGCGUGGUCCUCCUGUUCAGAGCGUUCUGUGGGGCAGCGCGUGGUCGUCCUGUUCAGAGUGGACUGUGGGGCAGCGCGUGGUCGUCUAGUAUCUGUCCAUUGUUUUAACGGGGGACACCUGUCUGUUUUCUGCUGGUCUUGUGUCUCUAGAGCUUUGCGUGGUCGUCCUGUUCAGAGUGGACUGUGGGGCAGCGCGUGCCCUUCGUAGUGGACGUGUGCCCUGUGACCUUUGAGCAGCUGGAUCUGCUCUUGCGGCAGGUGAGCGAGGGCAUGGACGGCUCUUCUGAUUGGCCCCCGCCGCAGGAGAAGGAGUGCAUGGUGGUGGCCUCACUCAACCUGCUCAGGCUACAGGUAAGGAGGCUUUUUACAUUCAAUGGUGUAUUUAAACUAUUCUUUGUUUUAAAACAUUACAAUAUGAUAUUGUAGUUGAUGUUUUUGUAGAUCGUCCUGGAUGACUUGAUGUAUUUCAAAUGGUUUUCUACAGACUUGAGAAUGUUUAGUCUGAUGUUUGUUUAUUGGUCUGUAGCUCCAUGCAGCCAUCAGUAACCAGGUGGACCCUGAGGAGCUGGGUCUGGGUCUGGGCAGCGGGCUGCUCAACAACCUGAAGCAGACCGUGGUGACGCUAGCCUCCAACGCUGGAGUCCUCAACACGGUCCAGUCAGCCGCCCAGGCCGUGCUGCAGAGCGGCUGGUCAGUGCUGCUUCCCACUGCGGAGGAGAGGGCUAGGGCACUGUCCUCACUACUACCCAACACAGGUCAGUUCGCCUCUUAGCAGACACUUUUAUCUAAAGUGUAUGAUCCACGAGGGAAUUAAACCCACAACCUUGAAUUCUCGAGUGGGGUAAGCAGAAAGAAUGGUUUGCUGGAGUAAAGAGUUGUUGUUAUUUGUCUUGUGUUCUGAGGUGCUCAGUGGUCUCUGUGUCUGUCUGUCCUCAGUAUCUGGUAACGAGAUGAGCGUCAGUCCUGGACGUCGCUUCAUGAUCGACCUGUUGGUCAGCAGUCUGAUGGCUGACGGAGGGCUGGAGUCUGCUCUCAAUGCUGCCAUCACAGCUGAGCUACAGGUAGGGGACACCUGGGCUGAGUCCCAAAUUAACCUGUUUAGGGCACUACUUUUCACCACGGCCUUUAGAGCUCCAGUCAAGUGUAGUGCACUAUAUAUAGGAAAUAGGGUGCCAUUUGGGACUCACACACAGUGUUUAAUGCUCUGAACACAGCCAUCAUAGCUGGGAUCCAGGUCAGUGUGGUUAUGCUCUGAACAAAGCCAUCAUAGUGGAUCAGUCAGUGUGGUUAAUGCUCUGAAACAGCCAUCAUAGCUGGGAUCCAGGUCAGUGUGUUUAAUGCUCUGAACACAGCCAUCAUAGAUGGGAUCCAGGUCAGUGUGUUUAAUGCUCUGAACACAGCCAUCAUAGCUGGGAUCCAGGUCAGUGUGUUUAAUGCUCUGAACACAGCCAUCAUAGAUGGGAUCCAGGUCAGUGUGUUUAAUGCUCUGAACACAGCCAUCAUAGCUGGGAUCCAGGUCAGUGUGUUUAAUGCUCUGAACACAGCCAUCCUAGCUGGGAUCCAGGUCAGUGUGUUUAAAUGCUCUGAACCACGCCAUCAUAGCUGGGAUCCCGGUCGAGUGUGUUUAAUAUGCUCUGAACACACAAAGAGCCAUCAUAGAUGGAUUCCAGAAGUGUGUUUAAGGCGCUGAACACGCCAUCAUGCUGGGAUAGCUGGGAUCCAGGUCAGUGUGUUUAAUGCUCUGAACACAGCCAUCAUAGCUGGGAUCCAGGUCAGUGUGUUUAAUGCUCUGAAACACAGGCCAUCCAUAGAUGGGAUCCAGGUCAGUGUGUUUAAUGCUCUGAACACAGCCAUCAUAGCUGGGAUCCAGGUCAGUGUGUUUAAUGCUCUGAACACAGCCAUCAUAGAUGGGAUCCAGGUCAGUGUGUUUAAUGCUCUGAACACAGCCAUCAUAGCUGGGAUCCAGGUCAGUGUGUUUAAUGCUCUGAACACAGCCAUCAUAGAUGGGAUCCAGGUCAGUGUGUUUAAUGCUCUGAACACAGCCAUCCUAGCUGGGAUCCAGGUCAGUGUGUUUAAUGCUCUGAACACAGCCAUCCUAGCUGGGAUCCAGGUCAGUGUGUUUAAUGCUCUGAACACAGCCAUCAUAGCUGGGAUCCAGGUCAGUGUGUUUAAUGCUCUGAACACAGCCAUCAUAGCUGGGGAUCCAGGUCAGUGUGUUAAUGCUCUGAACACAGCCAUCCUAGCUGGGAUCCAUGGUCAGUGUGUUUAAUGCUCUGAACACAGCCAUCAUAGGAUCUGUGUUUAUGAACACGCCAUCAUAGCUGGAUCCAGGUCAGUGUGUUUAAUGCUCUGAAAACACAGCCAACCCCCCAUCCCCCCACACAGCCUCAUAUCUGGGAUCCAGGUCAGUGUGUUAAUGCUCUGAACACAGCCAUCAUAGCUGGGAUCCAGUCAGUGUGUUUAAUGCUCUGAACACACACCGCCCUCACAAGCAUAGCUGGGAUCCAGGUCGUGUGUUAAUGCUCUGAACACAGCCUCCUAGCUGGGAUCCAGGUCAGUGUGUUUAAUGCUCUGAACACAGCCAUCCUAGCUGGGAUCCAGGUCAGUGUGUUUAAUGCUCUGAACACAGCCAUCAUAGCUGGGAUCCAGGUCAGUGUGUUAUGGCACUAUCGCUCGCCCCUCUUCCAGUCUCUCAGGCCACAACCUAUUCAUGCCUGGAGUAGUCUUUGUCUGGCAGACAGACAUGACUCUCUAUAGGAAGAAGAAAUCUGCCAUUGAAGUUAGUGGUAUGUCUCUGCAUAGCGUCUCUGCAUACCGUCUCUGCAUACCAAGCAUUCUGGAGCAAACCACGGAGUCCGGAAUGUGCCAUUCCGUAGACAUAACAAAAAGAAGAAAUUAGUGCCUUCAAAAAGUAAUCCCGCCCCUUGACUCUCUCCACAUUAUGUUGUUACAAAGUGGGAUUAAAAUUGAUUUAAUUGUCGUUUUGUCAACUAUCUACACAAAAUACAUUUAUGAAAAAUAAAACACUAAUAUAAUCUUGAUUAGAUAAGUAUUCAACCCCCUGAGUCAAUACAUGUUCGAAUCACCUUUGGCAGCGAUUACAGCUGUGAGUCUUUCUGGGUAAGUCUCUAAGAGCUUUGCACACCUGGAUUGUACAAUAUUUGGACAUUAUUCUUUAAAAAAUUCUUCAAGCUCUGUCAAAUUGGUUGUUGAUCAUUGCUAGACAGACAUUUUCAAGUCUUGCCAUAGAUUUUCAAGCCGAUUUAAGUCAAAACUCUAACUAGGCCACUCAGGAACAUUCAAUGUUGUCUUGGUAAGUAUCUCCAGUGUAUAUUUGGCCUUGUGUUUUUGGUUAUUGUCCUGCUAAAAGGCUGUAUUGAUACACCAUCCAAAGUGUAAUUAAUAACUUCACAAUGCUCAAAGGGAUAUUCAAUGUCAGUUUAUUUAUUUAUUUUUAAUUUUUAACCCAUCUACCAAUUGGUGCCCUUCUUUAGGAGACAACACCUCCCUGGUCUCUGUGAAUUGGCCCACUGACACAAAAUCUCAAUGUUAUAUAUUUUAACUUCCGGUUGUAACGCAACAAAAUGUGGAAAAAGUCAAGGGGUGUGAAUAAUUUCUGAAGGCACUGUACAGUAAGUUCACGCAAGGCCAACAAAAUUUUACAUUUGAUUCAAUCAGGGAAAAGUUGUCACUUUCUAACAUACAAAUAUGAUUUAAUACCUACUUGUUGCAACAAGGGAUUUAUUCACCAAAAUGUACUGAUGAUAACAGAUAUGAAUGCUCACAUACUGUCAGAUCCAAAAUGAUUGGCACCCUUGAUAAAGAUGAGCAGAAAAGACUAUAAAAUGAAUGAUACUUUAUCAAGACUGCCAAUCAUUUUGGACCUGAUUAAAAUCUCUUUACUCUCCAAUUGUGCAGCAGUCUUACAAAUUCUAAUGUAUUUUUUUUGUCUCUGUAUUUUUUUAUUUCACCUUUAUUUAACCAGGUAAGCCAGUUGAGAACAGGUUCUCAUUUACAACUGCGACCUGGCCAAGAUAAAGCAAAGUAGUGCAAUAAAAACAACACAGAGUUACAUAUGGGGUAAAAAAACAUAAAGUCAGAAAUACAACAGAAAAUAUAUAUACAGUGUGCGCAAAUGUAGCAAGUUAUGGAGGUAAGGCAAUAAAUAGGCUAUAGUGCAGAAUAAUUACAAUAGUAUUAACACUGGAAUGCUAGAUGUGCAAGAGAUUAUGUGCAAAUAGAGAUACUGGGGUGCAAAAGAGCAAAAUAAAUAACAAUAUAGGGAUGAGGUAGUUGGGUGGGCUAAUUUCAGAUGGGCUGUGUACAGGUGCAGUGAUCGGUAAGGUGCUCUGACAACUGAUGCUUAAAUUAUUGAGGGAGAUAAGAGUCUCCAGCUUCAGAGAUUUUUGCAAUUCGUUCCAGUCAUUGGCAGCAGAGAACUGGAAGGAAUGGCGGCCAAAGGAGGUGUUGGCUUUGGGAAUGACCAGUGAGAUAUACCUGCUGGAGCACAGACUACGGGUGGGUGCUGCUAUGGUGACCAAUGAGCUAAGAUAAGGCGGGGAUUUGCCUAGCAGUGAUUUAUAGAUGGCCUGGAGCCAGUGGGUUUGACGACGAACAUGUAGUGAGGACCAGCCAACAAGAGCGUACAGGUCACAGUGGUGGGUAGUGUAUGGGGCUUUGGAGACAAAACGGAUGGCACUGUGAUAGACUACAUCCAAUUUGCUGAGUAGAGUGUUGGAGGCUAUUUUGUAAAUUACAUCGCCGAAGUCAAGGAUUGGUAGGAUAGUCAGUUUUACGAGGGCAUGUUUGGCAGCAUGAGUGAAGGAGGCUUUAUUGCGAAAUAGGAAGCCGAUUCUAGAUUUAACUUUGGAUUGGAGAUUCUUUAUGUGAGUCUGGAAGUUGAGUUUACAGUCUAACCAGACACCUAGGUAUUUGUAGUUGUCCACAUACUCUAGGUCAGACCCGUCGAGAGUGGUGAUUCUAGUCGGGUGGGCGGGUGCCAGCAGCGUUCGAUUGAAAAGCAUGCAUUUAGUUUUACUAGUGUUUAAGAGCAGUUGGAGGCUACUGAAGGAUUGUUGUAUGGCAUUGAUGCUCGUUUGGAGGUUUGUUAACACAGUGUCCAAUGAAGGGCCAGAUGUAUACAAAAUGGUGUCGUCUGCGUAGGGCCAGAUGUAUACAAAAUGGUGUCGUCUGCGUAGAGGUGGAUCUGAGAGUCACCAGCAGCAAGAGCGACAUCAUUGAUAUACACGGAGAAAAGUGUCGGCCCAAGAAUUGAACCCUGUGGCACCCCCAUAGAGACUGCCAUAGGUCCAGACAACAGGCCCUCCGAUUUGACACACUGAACUCUAUCUGAGAAGUAGUUGGUGAACCAGGCGAGGCAGUCAUUUGAGAAACCAAGGCUAUUUAGUCUGCCAAUAAGAAUGCGGUGGUUGACAGAGUCGAAAGCCUUGGCCAGGUCGAUGAAGACGGCUGCACAGUACUGUCUAUUAUCAAUCGCGGUUAUAAUAUCGUUUAGGACCUUGAGCGUGGCUGAAGUGCACCCGUGACCAGCUCGGAAACCGGAUUGCAUAGCGGAGAAGGUACGGUGGUAUUCGAAAUGGUCGAUGAUCUGUUUGUUAACUUGGCUUUCGAAUACUUUCGAAAGGCAGGGCAGGAUGGAUAUAGGUCUGUAGCAGUUUGGAUCUAGAGUGUCACCCCCUUUGAAGAGGGGGAUGACCGCGGCAGCUUUCCAAUCUCUGGGGAUCUCAGACGUUAUGAAAGAGAGGUUGAACAGACUAGUAAUAGGGGUAGCGACAAUUUCGGCGGCUAGUUUUAGAAAGAAAGGGUCCAGAUUGUCUAGCCCAGCUGAUUUGUAGGGGUCCAGAUUUUGCAGCGCUUUCAAAACAUCAGCUGUCUGAAUUUGUGUGAAGGAGAAGCGGGGGGGGUAUGUGUGUGACGAAUCCAAUUUCCCCCUGAUCAAUAAAGUGUAUUCAAUUCUAACGAUCUGUUUUCCACUAGGACAUAGAGGCAAAGAAGGAGGCCCAGAAGGAGAAGGAGGUCGAUGAGCAGGAGGCCAAUGCCUCCAGCAUGCAGCGCUGUCGCACCACCCUGGACAAAGACCUCAUCAACACUGGGAUAUACGAGUCCGCUGGGAAACAGAGCCUACCGCUGGUCCAGCUCGUACAGCAGCUACUGAGGUGGGUAGUUAACACUACACUGGGGUGGGUAGUUAACACUACACUGGGGUGGGUAGUUAACACUACACUGGGGUGGGUAGUUAACACUACACUGAGCUGUAGAUUUUUUUUUUUUUUUUGGGGGGGGGGAUCAGAAUCUACAAUGUUUACCCUGACAAAAGCACCCCAAUUCUAUAGAACCCUUUGGAAGCACCAGCAUACCUGUAUGCGACUGAAUUGAACUGUGUUGAUAAACAAUAACUGUUAUUUUAGCAGAGUAACUUUUAUACUUUAUGGGUGUCCCACAUAUAGUAGUCACCUUGGGGGGUGUACGUCUAGCCAAAUGUGGUGAAUAUUGUACAGAAUGAACUUAAAAGUAUUUGUUUUUUUGAUCCCUCAGGAACAUAGCCUCCCAGACCAUCGGCAGACUGAAGGACGUGGCCAGGAAGAUAUCUAGCUGCAUGGACACGGAGCACGUCAGUAAAGAACGCUCCGCCUCCCUGGACCUGCUGCUGCGCUUCCAGAGGCUGCUGGUCAGCAAGCUCUACCUGGGAGUCAACGGCACCGAGAACACCAACGGAUACAGUGAGUCCUCGCAGUCCUCAUUAGGGUUGUGAACGUUUAAACGUUAAAGCGUUUAAAGUAAAUUUGGAUCCUUAACGUUAAGAAAAUCCGUAACCGUAAAACGUUUUGUUUUUGGGUUUUUUUUCCCACAAAAUGUAAAUCACAGUGCGAUUAUCACAAAACACGUUCUUUGCUAUGUUAUAAAGGCCUGGGGAAAGACAUUGUGAGAAAGUAUUUAUACCCCUUGACUUAUUCCACAUUUUGUUGUUCCAGCCUGAAUUCAAAAUGGAUGAAAUAUAUUUUUUUCCGCACCCAUCUGCACACAACACCCCCACCACGCCAUCGUCGUUAACGGUUGGAAGAAUGACAGAGAAAGGCUGUCAACCAAGUCCUGUAUGACAAUACUUUGAGAAGUUAAAUAAGAAGGAAAAUCAAACUUUUGCGAGGUGGAAUUGAGGUUCAGUAAUGGUAGUGCAGGUUUGAUGCUUAACCAACUGAAAGGGACGUGUCGUGAGCCGUUGCUGGCAGCAGCUGCGUUUUAUUAUUUUAUUUAUAUUAGUUUAAGAAUUUUUCUUAUAGUUUUAACGGAAAACCGAUAAAAAAAUGUGCAGUUUAAACGUUAUGAAUUUUUUUUAAUUUGUCACAUCCCUAGUCCUCAUAAUGCAGGUUUAACUGAUGCAGUGAGUCUUCAUAAUGCAGGUUUAACUGAUGCAGAGAGUCUUCAUAAUGCAGGUUUAACUGACAGUGAGUCCUCAUAAUGCAGGUUUAACUGAUGCAGUGAGUCCUCAUAAUGCAUGUUUAACUGAUACAGUGAGUCCUCAUAUUGCAGGUUUAACUGAUGCAGUGAGUCCUCAUAAUGCAGGUUUAACUGAUGCAGUGAGUCCUCAUAAUGUAGGUUUAACUGAUCAAAUCAAAUCAAAUGUUAUUUGCCACAUGCGCCGAAUACAACAGGUGUAGACAUUACCAUGAAAUGCUUACUUACAGCCCUUAACCAACAAUGCAUUUAUUUUUUAAUAAAAAAGUAAAAUGAAACGACAACAACAACAAAAAAGUGUUGAGAAAAAAAAGAGCAGCAGUAAAAUAAAAUAACAGUAGGGAGGCUAUAUAUACAGGGGGGUACCAGUGCAGAGUCAAUGUGCGGGGGCACCGGCUAGUUGAGGUAGUUGAGGUAAUAUGUACAUGUGGGUAGAGUUAAAGUGACUAUGCAUAAAUAAUUAACAGAGUAGCAGCAGCGUAAAAAUAUGGGGUGGGGGUGAGGGGGCAGUGCAAAUAGUCUGGGUAGCCAUGAUUAGCUGUUCAGGAGUCUUAUGGCUUGGGGGUAGAAGCUGUUGAGAAGCCUUUUGGACCUAGACUUGGCGCUCCGGUACCACUUGCCGUGCGGUAGCUGAGAGAACAGUCUAUGACUAGGGUGGCUGGAGUCUUUUGACAAUUUUGAGGGCCUUCCUCUGACACUGCUUGGUAUAGAGGUCCUGGAUGGCAGGAAGCUUGGCCCCAGUGAUGUACUGGGCCUUGCGGUCGGAGGCCGAGCAGUUGCCAUACCAGGCGGUGAUGCAACCAGUCAGGAUGCUCUCGAUGGUGCCAAAUCUUUUUAGUCUCCUGAGGGGGAAAAGGGGUUGUCGUGCCCUCUUCACGACUGUCUUGGUGUGUUUGGACCAUGAUAGUUUGUUGGUGAUGUGGACACCAAGGAACUUGAAGAUCUCAACCUGUUCCACUACAGCCCCGUCGAAGAGAAUGGGGGCGUGCUCGGUCCUCUUUUUUUCCCUGUAGUCCACAAUCAUCUCCUUUGUCUUGGUCACGUUGAGGGAGAGGUUGUUUUCCUGGCACCACACGGCCAGGUCUCUGACCUCCUCCCUAUAGGCUGCCUCAUCGUUGUCGGUGAUCAGGCCUACCACUGUUGUGUCGUCGGCAAACUUAAUGAUGGUGUUGGAGUCGUGCCUGGCCAUGCAGUCAUGGGUGAACAGGGAGUACAGGAGGGGACUGAGCACGCACCCCUGAGGGGCCCCCGUGUUGAGGAUCAGCGUGGCAGAUGUGUUGUUACCUACCCUUACCACCUGGGGGCGGCCCGUCAGGAAGUCCAGGAUCCAGUUGCGGAGGGAGGUGUUUAGUCCCAGGAUCCUUAGCUUAGUGAUGAGCUUUGAGGGCACUAUGGUGUUGAACGCUGAGCUGUAGUCAAUGAAUAGCAUUCUCACGUAGGUGUUCCUCUUGUCCAGGUGGGAAAGGGCAGUGUGGAGUGCAAUAGAGAUUGCAUCAUCUGUGGAUCUGUUGGGGCGGUAUGCAAAUUGGAGUGGGUCUAUGGUUUCUGGGAUAAUGGUGUUGAUGUGAGCCAUGACCAGCCUUUCAAAGCACUUCAUGGCUACAGACGUCAGUGCUACAGGUCGGUAGUCAUUUAGGCAGGUUAUCUUAGUGUUCUUGGGCACGGGGACUAUGGUGGUCUGCUUGAAACAUGUUGGUAUUACAGACUCAGUCAGGAACAGGUUGAAAAUGUCAGUGAAGAGUACACGUCCUGGUAAUCCGUCUGGCCCUGCGGCCUUGUGAAUGUUGACCUGCUUAAAAGUCUUACUCACAUCGGCUACGGAGAGCGUGAUCACAUAGUCAUCCGGAACAGCUGGUGCUCUCAUGCAUGCUUCAGUGUUGCUUGCCUCGAAGCGAGCAUAGAAGUAGUUUAGCUCGUCUGGUAGGCUUGUGUCACUGGGCAGCUCGCGGCUGUGCUUCCCUUUGUAGUCUGUAAUAGUUUUCAAGCCCUGCCACAUAUGACGAGCGUCAGAGCCGGUGUAGUACGAUUCAAUCUUAGUCCUGUAUUGACUCUUUGCCUGUUUGAUGGUUUGUCGGAGGGCAUAGCGGGAUUUCAUAUAAGCGUCCGGGUUAGAGUCCCACUCCUUGAAAGCGGCAGCUCUACCCUUUAGCUCAGUGCGGAUGUUGCCUGUAAGCCAUGGCUUCUGGUUGGGGUAUGUACAGUGAGGGGAAAAAGUAUUUGAUCCCCUGCUGAUUUUGUACGUUUGCCCACUGACAAAGACAUGAUCAGUCUAUAAUUUUAAUUGUAGGUUUAUUUGAACAGUGAGAGACAGAAUAACAACAACAAAAUCCAGAAAAACGCAUGUCAAAAUGUUAGAAAUUGAUUUGCAUUUUAAUGAGGGAAAUAAGUAUUUGACCCCCUCUCAAUCAGAAAGAUUUCUGGCUCCCAGGUGUCUUUUAUACAGGUAACGAGCUGAGAUUAGGAGCACACUCUUAAAGGGAGUGCUCCUAAUCUCAUUUUGUUACCUGUAUAAAAGACACCUGUCCACAGAAGCAAUAAAUCAAUCAGAUUCCAAACUCUCCACCAUGGCCAAGACCAAAGAGCUGUCCAAUGAUGUCAGGGACAAGAUUGUAGAUCUACACAAGGCUGGAAUGGGCUACAAGACCAUCGCCAAGCAGCUUGGUGAGAAGGUGACAACAGUUGGUGCGAUUAUUCGCAAAUGGAAGAAACACAAAAUAACUGUCAAUCUCUAUGCAAGAUCUCACCUCGUGGAGUUGCAAUGAUCAUGAGAAUCAGCCCAGAACUACACGGGAGGAUCUUGUCAAUGAUCUCAAGGCAGCUGGGACCAUAGUCACCAAGAAAACAAUUGGUAACACUAUGCCGUGAAGGACUGAAAUCCUACAGCGCCCGCAAGGUCCCCCUGCUCAAGAAAGCACAUAUACAGGCCCGUCUGAAGUUUGCCAAUGAACAUCUGAAUGAUUCAGAGGAGAACUGGGUGAAAGUGUUGUGGUCAGAUGAGACCAAAAUAGAGCUCUUUGGCAUCAACUCAACUCGCCGUGUUUGGAGGAGGAGGAAUUCUGCCUAUGACCCCAAGAACACCAUCCCCACUGUCAAACAUGGAGGUGGAAACAUUAUGCUUUGGGGGUGUUUUUCUGCUAAGGGGACAGGACAACUUCACUGCAUCAAAGGGACGAUGGACGGGGCCAUGUACCGUCAAAUCUUGGGUGAGAACCUCCUUCCCUCAGCCAGGGCAUUGAAAAUGGGUCGUGAAUGGGUAUUCCAGCAUGACAAUGACCCAAAACACACGGCCAAGGCAACAAAGGAGUGGCUCAAGAAGAAGCACAUUAAGGUCCUGGAGUGGCCUAGCCAGUCUCCAGACCUUAAUCCCAUAGAAAAUCUGUGGAGGGAGCUGAAGGUUUGAGUUGUCAAACGUCAGCCUCGAAACCUUAAUGUCUUGGAGAAGAUCUGCAAAGAGGAGUGGGACAAAAUCCCUCCUGAGAUGUGUGCAAACCUGGUGGCCAACUACAAGAAACAUCUGACCUCUGUGAUUGCCAACAAGGGUUUUGCCACCAAGUACUAAGUCAUGUUUUGCAGAGGGGUCAAAUACUUAUUUCCCUCAUUAAAAUGCAAAUCAAUUUAUAACAUUUUUGACAUGCGUUUUUCUGGAUUUUGUUGUUGUUAUUCUGUCUCUCACUGUUCAAAUAAACCUACCAUUACAAUUAUAGACUGAUCAUGUCUUUGUCAGUGGGCAAACGUACAAAAUCAGCAGUGGAUCAAAUACUUUAUUCCCUCACUGUACAUAUAUACACAUACAUAUACAUUUCUUUUUUUUAAAUAUAUAUUUCCCUUUAUUACUUUCCAACCCCACCAUCCCUUCCCUAAUUGGAGUAAACUAGUGAACAACAACCCUUAGGCCUCUACUUCCAGCUUAUACAUACUAUAUGGCUUUUUCUUUGCAACUCUGAUUAGAGACAUUUUGCGCUGUUCUGUGAAGGGAGUAGCACACAGCGUUGUACGAGAUCUUCAGUUUCUUGGGAAUUUCUCGCAUGAAAUAGCCUUCAUUUCUCAGAACAAGAAUAGACUGACGAGUUUCAGAAGAAAGAUCUUUGUUUCUGGCCAUUUUGAGCCUGUAAUCGAACCCACAAUUGCUGAUGCUCCAGAUACUCAACUAGUCUCAAGAAGGCCAGUUUUAUUGCUUCUUUAAUCAGCACAACAGUUUUCAGCUGUGCUAGCAUAAUUGCAAAAGGGUUUUCUAAUGAUCAAUUAGCCUUUUAAAAUGAUAAACUUGGAUUAGCAAACACAACGUGCCAUUGGAACACAGGACUGAUGGUUGCUGAUAAUGGGCCUCUGUACGCCUAUGUAGAUAUUCCAUUAAAAGUCAGCCGUUUCCAGCUACAAUAGCCAUUUACAACAUUAACAAUGUCUACACUGUAUUUCUGAUCAAUUUGAUGUUAUUUUAAUGGACAAAUAAAUUGCUUUUCUUUCGAAAACAAGGACAUUUCUAAGUGACUUUGAACGGUAGUGUAUAUAUGUGUGUAUAUGUAUGUGUGUGUGUGUAUCUAUAUAUUGCCCAUAUUUCCUUCCUGCAGACCCAGAGCUGCUGGGUGUGGGGUCCCUGUUGAAGAAGUACAUUGCCCUACUGUGUACUCACAUCGGAGACAUCCUCCCUGUGGCAACCAGCAUCGCCUUCACGGGACACCGACACUUUAAUGAAGUGUCCCGGGUCAUCGAGGGUGACCUCACUGGUUAGUUUUACUCUGGUUAAUCUAAAUCUACAAGGCUGUACUCAGACCAGGGUUUGGAUCAAUUCCUUCCAAUUUACUUCCUGAAUUGACCAACCUUGACUCAUACCUGUUUUUGAGCCAGUAUGAUGUGAGAAUGUUAUAUAUACCCAUCAGGUAAUCUGUUUUUCCUCCUGGCCUGUAGGUGUGCUCCUCCCUGAGUUGGUGGUGUCCAUCGUGUUGCUGCUGACCAUCGACGCUGGCCUGCUGCAGGAGACAGGCUCCAUCCCUCUGCUGGCUGGACUUCUGGAACAUCUGGACCGCUUCAACCACCUGGCGCCUGGACACGAGAGGGACGACAACGAAGACCUGGCCUGGCCCGGCAUCAUGGGUACAGGGCCACCUGGGGGAGAGGGCGGAGGUCAGGGGUACAGGGCCUCCUGGGGGAGAGGGCGGAGGUCAGGGGUACAGGGCCUCAUGGGGGAGAGGGCGCAGGUCAGGGGUACAGGGCCUCCUGGGGGAGAGGGCGGAGGUCAGGGGUACAGGGCCUCCUGGGGGAGAGGGGGGAGGUCAGGGGUACAGGGCCUCCUGGGGGAGAGGGCGGAGGUCAGGGGUACAGGGCCUCCUGGGGGAGAGGGGGGAGGUCAGGGGUACAGGGCCUCCUGGGGGAGAGGGGGGAGGUCAGGGGUACAGGGCCUCCUGGGGGAGAGGGGGGAGGUCAGGGGUACAGGGCCUCCUGGGGGAGAGGGGGGAGGUCAGGGGUACAGGGCCUCCUGGGGAGAGGGCGGAGGUCAGGGGUACAGGGCCACCUGGGGGAGAGGGCAGAGGUCAGGGGUACAGGGCCUCCUGGGGAGAGGGCGGAGGUCAGGGGUACAGGGCCACCUGGGGGAGAGGGCGGAGGUCAGGGGUACAGGGCCACCUGGGGGAGAGGGCGGAGGUCAGGGGUACAGGGCCACCUGGGGGAGAGGGCGGAGGUCAGGGGUACAGGGCCACCUGGGGGAGAGGGCAGAGGUCAGGGGUACAGGGCCUCCUGGGGAGAGGGCGGAGGUCAGGGGUACAGGGCCACCUGGGGGAGAGGGCGGAGGUCAGGGGUACAGGGCCUCAUGGGGGAGAGGGCGGAGGUCAGGGGUACAGGGCCUCCUGGGGGAGAGGGCAGAGGUCAGGGGUACAGGGCCUCCUGGGGGAGAGGGGGGAGGUCAGGGGUACAGGGCCUCCUGGGGGAGAGGGCGGAGGUCAGGGGUACAGGGCCUCAUGGGGGAGAGGGCGGAGGUCAGGGGUACAGGGCCACCUGGGGGAGAGGGCGGAGGUCAGGGGUACAGGGCCUCCUGGGGGAGAGGGCGGAGGUCAGGGGUACAGGGCCUCCUGGGGGAGAGGGCGGAGGUCAGGGGUACAGGGCCUCCUGGGGGAGAGGGCGGAGGUCAGGGGUACAGGGCCUCCUGGGGGAGAGGGCGGAGGUCAGGGGUACAGGGCCACCUGGGGGAGAGGGGGGAGGUCAGGGGUACAGGGCCUCCUGGGGGAGAGGGCGGCGGUCAGGGGUACAGGGCCUCCUGGGGGAGAGGGCGGAGGUCAGGGGUACAGGGCCUCCUGGGGGAGAGGGCGGAGGUCAGGGGUACAGGGCCAGCGGUGCAUGGAGGGUUGAUGAGUGGGGAAUGAGUGGGGAAUUUAAGCCUAGACUGGAGCAAUUCAGUAGGUUAAAUGUGGAGAGUUUCAGUAUGUUUGAAUGUAAAAGGUUGUUAGUGUUUAGUUGUGGUUAGAAUGUAACUAGUUGUGUCUGCUGUGGCAGGUCUAUUCUUCACAGGGUAGAGUUCUAUUAGUGUGUGGUUAGGGUUAGUUUAGUGCAGGGUUCCCCAACUGGAGGCCCGUGGGUGGUUUUAUUUGGACCCCCACAUUUUCGGAGCAAAAAAAUUACAUUAUUUGUACUUUUUUAAACUUUUUUUUAAAUUGUUGGACAUAAAACUGUAAAAAUACCAGGAAAUCAGCUCCAAGUGACUUCAAUUUAGGAAAUCUGUUCCCAAGUAUUCCCACGCAUAACAGAGAGACACGUGAUCGUAUACAAAUGUAAGCAAGGUUUGAAAUGAUUAUAUUUUAGUCAAACAUUCUAUCUGUUUGGGCUUCUUGUGGUCAAUUUGCAGUCUACAAAUUAUUUGUAAUCAUGUUCCGACCCCCCGACCAUCCGCUCAAGAAAGAAAUCAUCCCGUGGCUGAAUCUAGUUGAUGAUCCCUGGUUUAGUGUGUCGUGGGUUAGAAUGUAACUAGUGUGUGUCCUGCUGUGGCAGGUCGAUUCUUCACAGGGCAGAGCUCUAAGAACAAUGAGGAGAUGUCUCUGAUCCGCAAGGCCGACCUGGAGAAUCACAACAAAGAUGGCGGCUUCUGGACAGUCAUCGACGGGAAAGUCUACGACAUCAAAGACUUCCAGGCCCAGUCGCUCACUGGGAACAGCAUCCUGGGUACGGUGACUAAGGCCCUUUAUAGAACUGUGGAGAAACACAGGCAUUGAAAUACCAACUAUCUAUUUGUGACCGUUGUAUUGUUGUAGAAGUAUUGGGAUCAACUACGGUCCUAAUGGAACUGUAGAAAUCCUAGAACAGACAUACAUUUUUAUGGUUCAGAGUUGGCUUUUACCAAUUUAUUCAUUCUAUACUUAUUUGAUGACAUUUCAUUUUCACUCUGUAUUGUGGUCUUCCCCCUUUCCAGCCCAGUUUGCAGGAGAGGACCCUGUUGUUGCAUUAGAAGCAGCCCUGCAGUUUGAAGACACCAGGAUGUCUAUGCAGGCUUUCUGUGUUGGACAGUACAUGGAGGUGUGUGUCCAUGUAUCAUUAUUUAUUUACAGCUCUUAGACUUCCCACUGUUGUUCUUUUGUCUUUGGUUAGUCUUGGAACAGAUUUGGAAUAGUCUUGGAAAAGUCUCGGAAUAGUUCCCAAACAGGCAUUGAACAAAACUAAAUAAAACGUAAUAAUCUCGGAACAGUCUUUUAACGGUCUGUCUGUUCCCUGUGUCCUCCAGCCCAACCAGGAGACAAUGACCACCCCAGACCUGAGCAGCCUGUGCUCCCCCCUCAUCGACACGGAGAGGAACCUGGGACUCCUGCUGGGCCUCCACGCCUCCUACCUGGCCAACAGCACCCCCCUCUCACCCAUGGAGAUAGAAUGUGCCAGUGAGUAACCCUGACCCCUGACCUGUAACUCCUGUCUGACCCUAACCCUGUCCCCAGUGGAGAUAGAAUGUGCCAGUGAGUAACCCUGACCCCUGACCUGUUGUCCAUUGAGAUAAUGAGCUAGUUAGUACAACAGUCAAUGCAUCAUCGUUUUUUUUUAUGGAACUUCAUGGGCCGGUUUCAGAUUGAGCGAUUUUCCAAUGGGCAUGAUUUUCAGUCGAGGGUUAAUCUGUUUCCAGGAAACCAGCCCUAUGAGUUCAACAACACAACUCUGUCCUGCUGUUUGUGAUUGAUUCAUCUGAACAGUUCCUAACCAGCUCAUGAACUCUCUCUUCUCUCCCUGGUCAGAAUGGCUCCAGUCGUCUAUCUUCCAAGGUGGUCUGCAGACCAGUCAGGUCCAUUACAGCUACAACGGGGAGAAGGAAGAGGACCACUGCUCCUCCCCAGGAAGCACCACACCAGACAAGACCAACCCCUCCCCCAGACUCACCCUCAGCGACCACACACAGCCCUUCUUACAGGCUAUCGCUGACAACACCACUCAGGACCACACUGUGAAGGUAAAGGUCAGGGGUCAGGGUCAUUAUCAUCCAUUUUAAAUUGGUAUUUCGAGCUGUGACUAUUUAAUAUCUCAUUUAGCCGUAGCUAUCUGAAACACUGGUUAUACCCUAUCCUAUGUUUAAUUGUCCUUGGAGCCGGACAGUCCUGUGGUUAGGGUUAGGGUUAGGGUUAGGGUUACCCACUGGCAGCUUUAGUUAUGGGCUUGUACACCCCUAUGUCUCAAUCACAUCAGGAAUGUCUUCUUCCUUCUCAUUAGUGUGUGUUAGCUGUCUGCCUCAAUUAGAUGUGUCUACUUAAAUUUACAUUUACAUUUUAGUCAUUUAGCAGACGCUCUUAUCCAGAGCGACUUACAGGAGCAAUUAGGGUUAAGUGCCUUGCUUACGGGCACAUCGACAGAUUUUUCACCUAUUCGGCUCAGGAAUUAGAACCAGCGACCUUUCGGUUACUGGCACAACGCUCUUACCCACUAAGCCACCUGCCGCCCACUUAGUUUCUAUUGGUCUGUUUCUGUUCCAGGACUUCCUGUGCCAAAUGGAGCGGUGCUGUAAGCAGUACCACCUCAUCACGCCCAUAACCUUCCCCCUGGAGCACCCUGUGGAGGAAGUAGGCCGUCUUCUUCUUUGCUGCCUGCUCAAACACCAGGACCUCGGUAACCUAGCAACCACACGCCACUGCCACACCUCGAACCACUGAGACAGAAUUUUAGCUUCCAUUGUGGUCUUUGAAAUGUAUUCCAUUUUGAAUUAGCUAGUUAUGUUAAAAAGGUAUAAUAUUUGUCCUUUUGGUGCGAAAUAGAUACAUUUCUACUUCCAUACUGUCUAUGUAGUAACGGGGUAGUAGUCAUACUGUCUAUGGAGUAACGGGGUAGUAGUCAUACUGUCUAUGUAGUAACGGGGUAGUAGUCAUACUGUCUAUGGAGUAACGGGGUAGUAGUCAUACUGUCUAUGUAGUAACGGGGUAGUAGUCAUACUGUCUAUGUAGUAACGGGGUAGUAGUCAUACUGUCUAUGCAGUAACGGGGUAGUAGUCAUACUGUCUAUGUAGUAACGGGGUAGUAGUCAUACUGUCUAUGUAGUAACGGGGUAGUAGUCAUACUGUCUAUGGAGUAACGGGGUAGUAGUCAUACUGUCUAUGUAGUAACGGGGUAGUAGUCAUACUGUCUAUGUAGUAACGGGGUAGUAGUCAUACUGUCUAUGUAGUAACGGGGUAGUAGUCAUACUGUCUAUGUAGUAACGGGGUAGUAGUCAUACUGUCUAUGGGGUAGUAGUCAUACUGUCUAUGUAGUAACGGGGUAGUAGUCAUACUGUCUAUGUAGUAACGGGGUAGUAGUCAUACUGUCUAUGUAGUAACGGGUAGUAUUCAUACUGUCUGUAGUAACGGGUAGUAGUCAUACUGUCUAUGGGGUAGUAGUCAUACUGUCUAUGUAGUAACGGGGUAGUAGUCAUACUGUCUAUGUAGUAACGGGGUAGUAGUCAUACUGUCUAUGUAGUAACGGGGUAGUAGUCAUACUGUCUAUGUAGUAACGGGGUAGUAGUCAUACUGUCUAUGUAGUAACGGGGUAGUAGUCAUACUGUCUAUGUAGUAACGGGGUAGUAGUCAUACUGUCUAUGUAGUAACGGGGUAGUAGUCAUACUGUCUAUGGAGUAACGGGGUAGUAGUCAUACUGUCUAUGGAGUAACGGGGUAGUAGUCAUACUGUCUAUGGAGUAACGGGGUAGUAGUCAUACUGUCUAUGUAGUAACGGGGUAGUAGUCAUACUGUCUAUGGAGUAACGGGGUAGUAGUCAUACUGUCUAUGGAGUAACGGGGUAGUAGUCAUACUGUCUAUGUAGUAACGGGGUAGUAGUCAUCCUGUCUAUUUAGUAACGGGGUAGUAGUCAUACUGUCUAUGGAGUAACGGGGUAGUAGUCAUACUGUCUAUGGAGUAACGCGGUAGUAGUCAUACUGUCUAUGUAGUAACGGGGUAGUAGUCAUACUGUCUAUGUAGUAACGGGGUAGUAGUCAUACUGUCUAUGUAGUAACGGGGUAGUAUUCAUACUGUCUAUGGAGUAACGGGGUAGUAGUCAUACUGUCUAUGUAGUAACGGGGUAGUAGUCAUACUGUCUAUGUAGUAACGGGGUAGUAGUCAUACUGUCUAUGUAGUAACGGGGUAGUAGUCAUACUGUCUAUGUAGUAACGGGGUAGUAACGGGGUAGUAGUCAUACUGUCUAUGUAGUAACGGGGUAGUAGUCAUACUGUCUAUGUAGUAACGGGGUAGUAGUCAUACUGUCUAUGUAGUAACGGGUAGUAGUCAUACUGUCUAUGUAGUAACGGGGUAGUAGUCAUACUGUCUAUGUAGUAACGGGGUAGUAGUCAUACUGUCUAUGUAGUAACGGGGAAGUAGUCAUACUGUCUAUGUAGUAACGGGGUAGUAGUCAUACUGUCUAUGGAGUAACGGGGUAGUAGUCAUACUGUCUAUGUAGUAACGGGGUAGUAGUCAUACUGUCUAUGUAGUAACGGGGUAGUAGUCAUACUGUCUAUGUAGUAACGGGGUAGUAGUCAUACUGUCUAUGUAGUAACGGGGUAGUAGUCAUACUGUCUAUGUAGUAACGGGUAUAGUAUAGUAGUAUAACGGGUUUUGUCAUACUGUCUAUGUAGUAACGGGGUAGUAGUCAUACUGUCUAUGUAGUAACGGGAAAGUGUAGUCAUACUGUCUAUGUAGUAACGGGGUAGUAGUCAUACUGUCUAUGUAGUAACGGGGUAGUAGUCAUACUGUCUAUGUAGUAACGGGGUAGUAGUCAUACUGUCUAUGUAGUAACGGGAGAUAGUCAUACUGUCUAUGUAGUAACGGGGUAGUAGUCAUACUGUCUAUGAGUACGGGGUAGUAGUCAUACUUCUAUGUAGUAACGGGGUAGUCUACUGUCUAGGAGUAACGGGUAGUAGCAUACUGUCUAUGGAGUAACGGGGUAGUAGUCAUACUGUCUAUGUAGUAACGGGGUAGUAGUCAUACUGUCUAUGUAGUAACGGGGUAGUUCAAUGUUGUGUACGGGGUAGUUCAUACUGUCUAUGUAGUAACGGGGUAGUAGUCAUACUGUCUAUGUAGUAACGGGGUAGUAGUCAUACUGUCUAUGUAGUAACGGGGUAGUAGUCAUACUGUCUAUGGUAGUAACGGGGUAGUAGUCAUACUGUCUAUGUAGUAACGGGGUAGUAGUCAUACUGUCUUGAUGUAGUAACGGGGUAGUAGUCAUACUGUCUAUGUAGUAACGGGGGUAGUAGUCAUACUGUCUAUGUAGUAACGGGGUAGUAGUCAUACUGUCUAUGUAGUAACGGGGUAGUAGUCAUACUGUCUAUGUAGUAACGGGGUAGUAGUCAAUACUGUCUAUGUAGUAACGGGGUAGUAGUCAUACUGUCUAUGUAGUAACGGGGUAGUAGUCAUACUGUCAUGUAGUAACGGGGUAGUAGUCAUACUGUCUAUGUAGUAACGGGGUAGUAGUCAUACUGUCUAUGUAGUAACGGGGAAGUAGUCAUACUGUCUAUGUAGUAACGGGGUAGUAGUCAUACUGUCUAUUAGUACCGGGUAGUAGUCAUACUGUCUUGUAGUAACGGGGUAGUAGUCAUACUGUCUGUAGUAACGGGGUAGUAGUUCAUCCUGUCUAUGUAGUAACGGGGUAGUAGUCAUACUGUCUAGUAGUAACGGGGUAAGUAGUCAUACUGUCUAUGUAGUAACGGGGUAGUGAGUCAUACUGUAUAUGUAGGAAACGGGGUAGUAGUCAUACUGUCUAUGUAGUAACGGGGUAGUAGUCAUACUGUCUGUCAGUAACGGGGUUAGUACGGUAAUAGUCAUACUGUCUAUGUAGUAACGGGGGUAGUAGUCAUACUGUCUAUGUAGUAACGGGGUAGUAGUCAUACUGUCUAUGUAGUACGGGUAGUAGUCUACUGUCUGUAGUAACGGGUAGUAGUCAUACUGUCAGAGUAACGGGGUAUAGUCAUACUGUCUAUGUAGUAACGGGGUAGUAGUCAUACUGUCUGUAGUAACGGGGUAGUAGUCAUACUGUCUAUGAGUAACGGGGUAGUAUUCAUACUGUCUAUGUAGUAACGGGGUAGUAGUCAUACUGUCCUAGUAGUAACGGGUAGUAGUCAUACUGGUCUGUAGUAACGGGGUAGUAUCAUACUGUCUAUGGAGUAACGGGUAGUAUUCAUACUGUCUAUGUUUAACGGGGUAGUAGUCAUACUGUCCUAUGUAGUAACGGGGUAGUGUCAUCUGUCUGUAGUAACGGGGUAGUAGUCAUACUGUCUAUGUAGUAACGGGGUAUAUGUCAUACUGUCUAUGUAGUAACGGGGUAGUAGUCAUACUGUCUAUGUAGUAACGGGGGUAGUAGUCAUACUGUCUAUGUAGUAACGGGGUAGUAGUCAUACUGUCUAUGUAGUAACGGGGUAGUAGUUCAUACUGUCUAUGUAGUAACGGGGUAGUAGUCAUACUGUCUAUGUAGUAACGGGGUAGUAGUCAUACUGUCUAUGUAGUAACGGGGUAGUAGUCAUACUGUCUAUGUAGUAACGGGGUAGUAGUCAUACUGUCUAUGUAGUAACGGGGUAGUAGUCAUACUGUCUAUGUAGUAACGGGGUAGUAGUCAUACUGUCUAUGUAGUAACGGGGUUAGUAGUUCAUACUGUCUAUGUAGUAACGGGGUAGUAGUCAUACUGUCUAUGUAGUAACGGGUGUAGUAGUCAUACUGUCUAUGUAGUAACGGGGUAGUAGUCAUACUGUCUAUGUAGUAACGGGGUAGUAGUCAUACUGUCUAUGUAGUAACGGGGUAGUAGUCAUACUGUCUAUUAGUAACGGGGUAGUAGUCAUACUGUCUAUGUAGUAACGGGGUAGUAGUCAUACUGUCUAUGUAGUAACGGGGGUAGUAGUCAUACUGUCUAUGUAGUAACGGGGUAGUAGUCAUACUGUCUAUGUAGUAACGGGGGUAGUAGUCAUACUGUCUAUGUAGUAACGGGGUAGUAGUCAUACUGUCUAUGUAGUAACGGGGUAGUAGUCAUACUGUCUAUGUAGUAACGGGGGUAGUAGUCAUACUGUCUAUGUAGUAACGGGGUAGUAGUCAUACUGUCUAUGUAGUAACGGGGUAGUAGUCAUACUGUCUAUGUAGUAACGGGGUAGUAGUCAUACUGUCUAUGUAGUAACGGGGUAGUAGUCAUACUGUCUAUGUAGUAACGGGGUAGUAGUCAUACUGUCUAUGUAGUAACGGGGUAGUAGUCAUACUGUCUAUGUAGUAACGGGGUAGUAGUCAUACUGUCUAUGUAGUAACGGGGUAGUAGUCAUACUGUCUAUGUAGUACGGGGUAGUAGUCAUACUGUCUAUGUAGUAACGGGUGUAGUAGUCAUACUGUCUAUGUAGUAACGGGGAGUAGUCAUACUGUCUAUGUAGUAACGGGGUAGUAGUCAUACUGUCUAUGUAGUAACGGGGUAGUAGUCAUACUGUCUAUGUAGUAACGGGGUAGUAGUCAUACUGUCUAUGUAGUAACGGGGUAGUAGUCAUACUGUCUAUGUAGUAACGGGGUGUAGUAGUCAUACUGUCUAUGUAGUAACGGGGUAGUAGUCAUACUGUCUAUGUAGUAACGGGGGUAGUAGUCAUACUGUCUAUGUAGUAACAGGGGGUAGUAGUCAUACUGUCUAUGUAGUAACGGGGGGUAGUAGUCAUACUGUCUAUGUAGUAACGGGGGGUAGUAGUCAUACUGUCUAUGUAGUAACGGGGGGUAGUAGUCAUACUGUCUAUGUAGUAACGGGGGUGCAGUAGUCUCUUCAGUUUAGUAAGGUGGUUGUAUGUAGUCAUACUGUUAUUAUAAGUUCUCCAGUUUAUCAAGUGAUUUGAUUGGUUACUGGGUGAUUGACGGCAGCGUCUGGCCCUCUCGUAGGUCACAUCGCCUUUUCCCUCGCCACCCAAUGUGCCUUGGGCGUGGAGCAGGGCAGGCAGAGGACCCUCCCCAGAUCGGUGAUUGACGUGUGCCGCAUGGUGUACCAGACAAAGUGCUCUUUAAUCAAGGUACACGUUCAUACUUGUCUAUAAUUUAAUCCUGUAUAGAAAAAGUCAUUGAGUGUUAUUCUUUAGCCUGGUCCCAGGUCUGUUUGUGCUGGUCUUUGGUAUCCAAAUAAGUUGCCUAUACAGCACUAACAGAUCUGGGACCAGGCUAGUUAUUCUAGGUCCUGAUAGAUACAGUAUCUUUCUCUCCAUCCUCUGUGUUCCAGACCCACCAGGAGCAGGGUCGUAGUUAUAAGGAGGUCUGUGCUCCUGUAAUCGAGAGGCUGCGGUUCCUGUUCAACGAGCUCCGUCCCGCCGUCAGCAACGACCUCUCCAUCGUGUCCAAGCUGAAGCUGCUCAGCGCCCAGCCGCGCUGGAAGAGGAUCACGCAGAAGCUCAUCAGAGACUACAGGAAAAAGAGGGGUAAGCUACUGGAAGCUACUGGCCCCAGAAGGGUUAUUAAUGUCAUUGUGAAGGUCAAGAUGACCGAAACAUCAACGAUUUCAACUCUUGUAAAUUGAUUUUUUUUACUUCAAGAGCGAGAGCUGCACCUGUUUCUCCCCCAUGUCGUUAAUGUAAAGGGUGAAGCUGGUAUGGUGUGUAGCAUUUUGUAUUGUGUUGAUAUUUACAGUUGAAGUCGGAAGUUUACAUACACUUGGGUUGGAGUCAUUAAAACAUGUUUUUCAACUACCAAACUAUAGUUUUGGCAAGUCGGUUAGGACAUCUACUUUGUGCAUGACACAAGUAAUUUUUCCAACAAUUGUUUACAGACAGAUUAUUUCACUUAUAAUUCACUGUAUCACAAUUCCAGUGGGUCAGAAGUUUACAUACACUAAGUUGACUGUGCCUUUAAACAGCUUGGAAAAUUCCAGAAAAUGAUGUCAUGGCUUUAGAAGCUUCUGAUAGGCUAAUUGACAUCAUUUUAGUCAAUUGGAGGUGUACCUGUGGAUGUAUUUCAAGGCCUACCUUCAAACUCAGUGCCUCAUUGCUUGACAUCAUGGGAAAAUCAAAAUAAAUCAGCCAAGACCUCAGAAAAUAAAUUGUAGACCUCCACAAGUCUGGUUCAUCCUUGGGAGCAAUUUCCAAACGCCUGAAGGUACCACGUUCAUCUGUACAAACAAUAGUACGCAAGUAUAAACACCAUGGGACCACGCAGCCGUCAUACCGCUCAGGAAGGAGACGCGUUCUGUCUCCUAGAGAUGAAUGUACUUUGGUGCGAAAAGUGAAAUUUAUCCCAGAACAACAGCAAAGGACCUUGUGAAGAUGCUGGAGGAAACAGGUACAAAAGUAUCUAUAUCCACAGUAAAACUAGUCCUAUAUCGACAUAACCUGAAAAGCCGCUCAGCAAGGAAGAAGCCACUGCUCCAAAACCGCCAUAAAAAAGCCAGACUGUGGUUUGCAACUGCACAUGGGGACAAAGAUCGUACUUUUUGGAUGAAUGUCUGAUGAAACAAAAAUAGAACUGUUUGGCCAUAAUGACCAUCGUUAUGUUUGGAGGAAAAAGGGGGUAACUUGCAAGCCAAAGAACACCAUCCCAACUGUGAAGCACGGGGGUGGUAGCAUCAUACUGUGGGGGUGCUUUGCUGCAGGAGGGACUGGUGCAUUUCACAAAAUAGAUGGCAUUAUGAGGAAGGAAAAUUAUGUGGAUAUAUUGAAGCAACGUCUCAAGACAUCAGUCAGGAAGCUAAAGCUUGGUCGCAAAUGGGUCUUCCAAAUGGACAAUUACCCCAAGCAUACUUCCAAAGUUGUGGCAAAAUGGCUUAAGGACAACAAAGUCAAGGUAUUGGAGUGGCCAUCACAAAGCCCUGACCUCAAUCCUAUAGAAAAUGUCUGGGCAGAACUGAAAAAGCGUGUGCGAGCAAGGAGGCCUACAAACCUGACUCAGUUACACCAGCUCUGUCAGGAGGAAUGGGCCAAAAUUCACCAAACUUAUUUUAGAAGGCUACCUGAAACGUUUGACCCAAGUUAAACAAUUUAUAGGCAAUGCUACCAAAUACUAAUUGAGUGCAUGUAAACUUCUUACCCACUGGGAAUGUGAUGAAAGAAAUAAAAGCUGAAAUAAAUCAUUCUCUCUACUAUUAUUCUGACAUUUCACAUUCUUAAAAUAAAGUGGUGAUCCAAACUGACCUAAGACAGGGAAUUUUUACUAGGAUUAAAUGUCAGGAAUUGUGAAAAAGUGAGUUUAAAUGUAUUUGGCUAAGGUGUACGUAAACUUCCGACUCCAACUGUAUGUAUUCUGUCUGUUGUUCCAGUGCCUAAGAAGUCUGAGUCAGCUGGCGUAGAGGAGCCUAAACUACAGAACGAAGGGACCAAUGAGGAGGAGCUCUGUGUCCCCAUAAGCCCCGCCCCCACAGACAGAAAACCACCCACCAACAAGACACCCAAGGUGCCUGUCCUAUCUCUCUCUCUCUCUCUCUCUCUCCCUCUCCCUCUCCCUCUCCCCCUCCCCCUCCCCCCCCUCCCCCUCCCCCUCCCCCUCCCCUCUCCCUCUCCCUCUCCCUCUCCCUCUGUCUCUCUCCUCUCUCUCUCUCUCUCUCCUUCUCUCCUCUCCUCUCCCCCUCUCUCUCUCUCUCUCUCUCAUCUCUCUCUCUUCUCUCUCUCUCUCUCUCUCUCUCUCUCUCUCUCCUCUCUCUCUCUCUCUCUCUAGUCAUACCCCUCCAUCCCACUCCUCUCCUUUUCUCCUCCUCCUCUCCUCCUCCAUCCUGGAUAGAGGUGUGAUCUCUCCUCCUCCUCUCCUCCAUCCUGGAUAGAGGUGUGAUCUCUCCUCCUCCUCCUCUCCUCCAUCCUGGAUAGAGGUGUGAUCUCUCCUCCUCCUCUCCUCCAUCCUGGAUAGAGGUGUGAUCUCUCCUCCUCCUCUCCUUCAUCCUGGAUAGAGGUGUGAUCUCUCCUCCUCCUCUCCUUCAUCCUGGAUAGAGGUGUGAUCUCUCCUCCUCCUCCUCUCCUCCAUCCUGGAUAGAGGUGUGAUCUCUCCUCCUCCUCUCCUUCAUCCUGGAUAGAGGUGUGAUCUCUCCUCCUCCUCCUCCAUCCUGGAUAGAGGUGUGAUCUGCCGUGUCAGUUGUGUUACUGUGUGUUGUCUAUCAGCAGGAUAGGUUGGCUCCUCUCCUCAACACGGUAGCUAACGUCCAGAAGUUUAAGUGGCUGAAGCACAGUGUCCAGGGAGUCUUCUCUACCUCCAGCCUCAUGGGGACCAUCGUAGAGUUCGCCCUGAAGGAGGAGCCGCUCGACGUGGAGAAGAUGAGGAAGUGUCUCCUCAAACAGGUACAGAAUGGGACAGGGAGAGAAGUGUCUCCUCAAACAGGUACAUAAUGGGACAGGGAGAGAAGUGUCUCCUCAAACAGGUACAGAAUGGGACAGGGAGAGAUGUGUCUCCUCAAACAGGUACAGAAUGGGACAUGGAGAGAAGUGUCUCCUCAAACAGGUACAGAAUGGGACAGGGAGAGAAGUGUCUCCUCAAACAGGUACAUAAUGGGACAGGGAGAGAAGUGUCUCCUCAAACAGGUACAGAAUGGGACAGGGAGAGAAGUGUCUCCUCAAACAGGUACAGAAUGGGACAGGGAGAGAAGUGUCUCCUCAAACAGGUACAGAAUGGGACAGGGAGAGAAGUGUCUCCUCAAACAGGUACAGAAUGGGACAGGGAGAUAAGUGUCUCCUCAAACAGGUACAGAAUGUGACGGGGAGAGAAGUGUCUCCUCAAACAGGUACAGAAUGUGACAGGGAGAGAAGUGUCUCCUCAAACAGGUACAGAAUGGGACAGGGAGUUGGAUAUGAAGGAGACUGGGAGAGUUACAACCAUGGUGGGCCAGACAUAGACAUAGUUACUAGAAUGGACAUUCCCAUUCAAGUCAAUGUUUUGUGGUGGGUGGACCACCGGUCAGAAUUCUAUUUCUGUAGGUCCAUAUCAGACAGAGGGAAGGAUAAGGUUGUGUAGGGUGAAUAAAUGGUUGUCUGUGAAGGUGGAGGGACAGGGAAGACCAUUCUGGGUGAAAAUUAAAGAGACAUCCCAAAUCUAAUUUCGCAGACCUCAUGUGGAUUUAUGUCCAAUUGAAUCCAUAUCCCUUGCAUCAAUUGUGUAAAGUGAGGAAGAUGAGGUAGCAGGAUAUAUUGUGUAAAGGGGAGAGAAGUGAAUAAGAUGAGGUAGCAGGAUAGUGAAUGAGAUGAGGUAGCAGGAUAGUGAAUGAGAUGAGGUAGCAGGAUAGUGAAUGAGAUGAGGUAACAGGAUAGUGAAUGAGAUGAGGUAACAGGAUAGUGAAUGAGAUGAGGUAGCAGGAUAGUGAAUGAGAUGAGGUAGCAGGAUAGUGAAUGAGAUGAGGUAGCAGGAUAGUGAAUGAGAUGAGGUAGCAGGAUAGUGAAUGAGAUGAGGUAACAGGAUAAUGAAUGAGAUGAGGUAGCAGGAUAGUGAAUGAGAUGAGGUAGCAGGAUAGUGAAUGAGAUGAGGUAGCAGGAUAGUGAAUGAGAUGAGGUAGCAGGAUAGUGAAUAAGAUGAGGUAGCAGGAUAGUGAAUGAGAUGAGGUAGCAGGAUAGUGAAUGAGAUGAGGUAGCAGGAUAGUGAAUGAGAUGAGGUAACAGGAUGAACAAGGCCAGAUGCUGACGUUGGUUAAUUGGGGUUUAGUUGCUUUGAUGUCUGAUGUUGAUAUUUUCUCCUCCAGUUGGAGCGUGCUGAGGUGCGGCUGGAGGGCAUUGACACCAUGCUGAAGCUGGCCUCCAAGAGCUUCCUGCUGCCCUCUGUCCAGUACGCCAUGCUGUGUGGCUGGCAGAGGGUCAUACCUGAGGGGACCAACAUCGGGUACAUGGCACUGGUUUUACAGUUGUUUCUGAGGUGUAAAGGAUGUCUGUUGAGGAGCUUGCCUGAGACAUGCAUGUUGAUGAGGAGUAGGAGUUUACUGUCAUUUCUCAUGGCAGUUGUGGAACUUGUCUGAUUUAAUGCAUGUUUAGUUUUGUGUCUGUAUGUGUUAGUUACUGGUUUGUGUGUGUGUGUGUGUGUGUGUGUGUGUGUGUGUGUGUGUGUGUGUUAGUUAGUUAGUUGUGUGUGUUAGUUAGUCGUGUGUGUGUGUGUGUUAGUUACUAGUGUGUGUGUGUGUGUGUGUGUGUGUGUUAGUUACUGGUGUAGUGUGUGUGUGUGUGUGUGUUAGUUACUAGUGUGUGUGUGUGUGUGUUAGUUACUGGUGUGUGUUGUGUUGUGAUGUAUCCCUCAGGGAGCCGCUGUCCGACUGUCUGAAAGACGUAGAUCUGAUCCCUCCCUUUAACCGCAUGCUGUUAGAGAUGACCUUCGGGAAGCUGUACGCCUGGUCCAUCCAGAACGUACGCAACAUACUGCUGGAAGCAAGUGGCAGGUUUAAUGAACUGGGUGAGCUAACGGCUACCAUGGCUCCACAUAGCCUGGGGGGCCCAGCACUUUAAUAUCCAUCUUCUAUAGAGGUUACCACCAGGCUACUACCAUGGCUCCACAUAGCCUGGGGGGCCCAGCACUUUAAUAUCCAUCUUCUAUAGAGGUUACCACCAGGCUACUACCAUGGCUCCACAUAGCCUGGGGGGCCCAGCACUUUAAUAUCCAUCUUCUAUAGAGGUUACCACCAGGCUACUAACAUGGCUCAAACAUUAUGGAGCAGAAUCCUUAGAGACUUCAGUUAAAUCAGAAUUUGAUGUAAAUCAUUGAUGUCAAUGGAAGAGUAAAGAUUCUGACCUAAAUGCGUAAUGAAUGAAUGUAUGACCUAACUCUGUCACUGUUGUUACCGUGUGGAUUCCAGGUGUACAGCCCGUCCCUCUCCAGACCAUUACCAAUGAGAACCCGGCCAGUCCCAGUCUGGGUAUCAUCCCCCAGGCCCGUUUCCUUCUCUCCAUGCUCCACAUGCUGUCUCUGAAACACGGAGCCAACAGCCUCACGCUGCUGCUCAACUCUGGAACUCUGGCCCUCACACAGAGCAUCCUCAGACUCAUAGGUGAGGACUGGCAGCAUGGUAUCCACUCUGACUCAUACAGACACACACACACACACGGUUAUUGAUGAUUGUCUGUUAUUGAUCAUUGUUUCCAGGCCCCAGUACAGACAGCAGUGAGGAGGAGCUGGAGACGAGAGGUCACGGGGGGUCAGCUACGGUGCUGGAGGAGAGCCGAAAAGAGGCGACCCCCACUCCCCUGCCCGCCUCAGGACCUGAAC